GAGCGGGGCGGAGGAGCCGGUCGUGCGGCGGGGAGGACGGAGCUCACCUCCUCUGCAGCGCCCAUGGGGACAGGACGACUUUAAAGGAGUUUGGGGGGGGUUUCUGGCGCUGGGCGACCACGGAUCCGGCGAUUCCUGCCCUCGCCUCGCCCUGUCAUUGAUGGGAAAUCAACUGGAUCGCAUCACCCACCUUAAUUACAGCGAGCUGCCGACCGGGGACCCCUCGGGGAUCGAGAAAGACGAGCUGCGCGUCGGGGUGGCUUACUUCUUUUCGGAUGAGGAGGAGGACCUGGACGAGCGAGGCCAGCCAGACAAGUACAGCGUGAAGGGCUCCGGCAGCCCUGGCCAGGAGACGCCCACCCACCACCUCCACCACCAGCUGGUGCUGAACGAGACCCAGUUCUCCGCUUUCCGCGGCCAGGAAUGCAUCUUCUCCAAGGUCAGCAGCGGCCCCCAGGCUGGGGACCUCAGCGUCUACUCGGUGUCGGCCCUGCCUGCCCUCUGCAAGCCGGGGGACCUGCUGGAGCUGCUCUACCUGGGGCCGUCGGAGCACCCGCCGCCGCACUGGGCCGUGUACGUGGGCAGCGGGCAGAUCAUCCACCUGCACCAGGGGCAGAUCCGCCAGGACAGCUUGUACGAGGCGGCCGCGGGCAACGUGGGCCGGGUGGUGAAUAGCUGGUACCGCUUUCGCCCGCUGGUGGCGGAGCUGGUGGUGCAAAACGCCUGCGGGCACCUGGGCUUAAAAAGCGACGAGAUCUGCUGGACUAACUCCGAGAGCUUCGCCGCCUGGUGCCGCUUCGGGAAAAGGGAGUUCAAAGCCGGGGGGGAGCUGCAGGCUGCUGCCGGCACCCAGCACCAGCAGCAGUACCAUCUCAAGAUCCACUUGGCGGAGAACAAGGUGCACACGCCUGUAGCUGCAACCCAAAUUUUGUCCCAGCCAACUCUGACAAGAUAUUAACAGGGGAAAAUGCUUUCACAUUUCUGGUUGAAACCUAUCACAUUUAAGGUAUUUGUCGUCUUUGCUUUCUGUUUGCAGCUCUCGGCUAAAUGUCAUGAUAAUGCAUAAACUCUUUCCACCUCUUCCCUCCUCCCACCCUCUCUGCCUGCUUUUUUUGUUUUGUUUUUUCUUUUUUUUUUUUCUUUUGGAAAAAAGUUGGUGAUCAGCAGUUUUCCUGAAACUAAAUUAAUUGGUUAAAGGAGGUGGUGUAUUUUGGAGAACAGUAUACUCAGCAUUGCUCCUCAGAGAUCCAGCCUCUAGGAUCUCAUGCUUGAGCUGUGGAUUUGUAUCACUGUAGUGAUUCUCACUGCACCACUGCUUCAGUACCUCUUCGUGCACAGGUCAACAGAAUCAUGCAAGAAACAAAUAGGUUUGAAUUCUGUAUGUUGCCUCUUUGAAACAGCAAUUUAUUGCAUAUUUACAAUUCCACUUAAAGGAAAUAAAUGUAAUGUGACCAAGUUCAUUUUUCAUUUCAAAUUCCAAGCAACUAAAAAUCCUGUUCAGCCUAAGUUUAGAAAUCUACAGCUGCAUUUAAAAGAUGCCUUUUAAUGUGAUGUGAGCAAUGCCUUGACUGUAUUUCAGAUCCCAUUCACUCAUUGCUUAAUUCUAAGUUUUGAAGUGAAAGAUCAGAGUAUUAAAUAUAUAUAUAUUUUAAAAAAUCUUAACAAAUUAAGUCUACUGAGGCAUUUCUAGAGCUGUCUUUUUUUUUUUUUUAAUUAUUAUUCAGAGCUGCAUACAACUUGUAAUAAGCUUUUUGUCUUUGCAUGUUUAAAUAUUGGAAAGAAAAUGCAUUUGUUUUUGUCCCCUCUUCCCACAUCAAUGUCAGAUUGCAGAACAGAAGCAAUACCCCUCUUCUGUAUAUACAAUACACUCCACCCCCUAUCAAUGUUCUGUGUCCUGGCUCCUUUUUAUAUUAAACAAUGUUGUAAGCAACCUUGUUGCAAACAGUAACUUAAUUUCUAAAAAUUAUUUGCUUCCCAUAGCUGAAGCUGUGAGGGUGGAGUGUACUUCACUAUGAUAAAAGUGUUGGCAUAAAUAUCUUAAAAAAAAAAAAAAAACAAAAAAACAAAACCAAACAAACAAAAAAAAACCCACAAAAACAACUUCAAAAUCCAAAGCACAGAAAACCCUAAACAAAACUAAAAAAUAAACCAAAAACCCCCGCAAACUGCACUCCUUCAGUGAACAUCAGCUAACUGGCUUUGUGUUUGCUGAUACACUUGGCAAAGUUAUGUGGUAAUAGGCAGUGUUACUUUUAUCCCAUCCCCUAAAGUACCUUGGUUAGUAGAAUAUAGGGUAAAGAUGUAAAAAAUGUGAAUUGUCAAUGCUGUCAAAUUACUGCUGAAAUAGUCUCAAAUUACAACAUACCUUUUAAUAAGUGUGUAAUAUUUUAGCUUUAUAUUGGCAGUAGUUGCUGUCUGAUAAUGAUAGCUCUUUUCAUAAUGUGAACAGUCCUCUACAUAGUAUUCGUGUAUCUUAAUUAUUACACUGUGUUAGAUCUCCCAAAUUGUGUGUUAGAACUGAUUUCCCUGUAUCACUUAGUGGGAGCACUGUGGGAUUGCAGAAAGGCACUGACUUUACACCCAAGACACAAAAAAUUAAAACUUAAGUGGUAGGAGAAGGUAGGGAGGGGAAAACUAAUUUAUUUUAAUUUCCCCUUAUAAAAAAAUACACAUUAGAAAACUGAGGUUGAAAAAGGCAGGGAGAAUUGCAUGAGGAGGGAAUAAAUAACAAAAUGCUUGUGACGAUGGAAAGAAUGAAGUAAAGUCACAUUGUUAUUUUUGAUUUCUGGAAUGCUUUUUCUUCAAAUUGCUCCUAGAUGAAUGAUACAGUUUUAGAGAGGAUCUUUGCCAGAACAUCAUUGUAUGUCCUCACUAGUGAGAAUUUAAAACCCACUGGCUUUAAAGUUUUCACUGUGAUUUCCAAAUACUCAAUCACUUUAUCUAAACAGCCAUUUUAACUGUAGGGUUUUUUUGUAAUGAUUUACUGACCUGGUUCAUAAACACAACAAUUUUCCUUGUUUUACCUAGCUAGAUGUAGAAUGGUAUUUUAUAGUAUAUAAAGGAAGUGAUAAGAACUAGUCUGAUUAUUUAUUCAAGCUCUCUCAGAAGCCUUUGGCAUCGCUCCAAAUUUGUACAGAUAAAGGUAACAACAAAAUCAAGGCCUUAGUCCUUUGCAUAACAUCUGGAGAAAAUGUAUGGGAAAUACAGAUAGUAUUAACUCAGGGUAUAGUAUUGCCAUGACUAUGUUCAAGUAGAAGUCUGUUAGUAACAACAAACAUACCCAUAGAGAUCCUUUUGUGGGUUUUUUUGCUGGAUUUCAGUCCAGAAUUACUGACAGCAAUCUGGUUCUGAUUCAUAGUCCACUGAAGCUAACAGAAAAGCUCUCGGUGACUUCAGUGAGCUUUGGAUCAGAUUUUAUUGUUUAGGAGGUGGUUAAAAUUUGUGGACCUUGAGAAGAAGUGAGAUUUAAGAUGGCAUUUCAGAGACCAGAAGGACCACCUUUCUGACUUGGCAGACAGUGGAAAUAGGCAAUACUGUGAAAAUAAGAGAAGAAAACAGACUAGUUCUGAAACAAGCAGUGUUAAUCUGAGAUGGCAGUAGGGAAAUGGUGAAAAAGACUGAGUGAAAAGUGCAUAUAAAAAGUUGUUCAGUCCCUUGAAAAAAGGAAAGGAAGGUAGAGGAGCAGUCAGCUGAGAGAAAGGCAAUGAAGUGAAUGACUGGCAGGUAAAAAAUGUAAUUGAUUAUACUCAUCUUUCAGGAUCAGUGACCUGCCUGAGUUAACAUUUCCAUUUCCAGCAGUAAAGAUAUUGACAAAUUGUAUUAUAUCCAUGGAAUCUGUUUGCAUUCUUCAGUCUAGCUACCUAGGGUAAAUAUAAAUAUCUUAUUCAUUGCUUUUGAAGUAGUGACUUGUAAUAUGACUGCAGUGUUAGGAUACUUUGCACAUCUUUCUUUUGUGUCACGUUUCAAGCUUUCUGUUACCUAUUUGGGUAGCAGUUUUAUAGAAUGUCUUCUGCUUGGAUACGAUUGUCUUUUCAAAAUGCAAUCUUUUGAAUUGCUUUGAGGCUAACAUUUUAUUAAAAAUUCAAUUCAUGUCCUCUUGUAACAUAGAGAGCCUUUGUGAAAUGUUACACUGUCAUGACCAAAAUGUUUACUGUUUAUUGGCUGUACAGAUAGGUAGGGGAUUGUAAGAACAGGUAGCAAAAUACGUUUUGUCACUCUCAAAUUUUGCCUCCAUCUCCAUUUUAUGUUUCCAGGUUACUUUGUUUUCAUUUGUUAGGAUAUUUUCCCCCUCUCAAAUCAUUAUAGUUGUAUAAAAUGACCAAAAAAAAAAAAAAAAAAAAAAUAACAAACCCCUCAUAGUGUAUUUUUUUUAGGGCAAUAUGCUAUUGAUCCAUAUGUGGAUUUCUGAUUAAAAGCAGGAUGUAACAAGACACGGCCUUCACGGUGUGACAAGAAAUGGCCCUUGGUCUGUGCUGGAGUGUGCACAGUCUUAAUUAUCCUGCCUCAUUUCAUUUUAGUGUCUUUCAUAUUAAGGUAAGUGAUGUGCAAAAAUCUGUCAGAGUUUAUAGACCUGUUUAUGCAAUGUGUUGAACAUCUGUAACUCCAACCGAUGUUCGCUGGAGUUGAGGGAGGGCUGAAUCUCGCUCAAGACACGCAUCAUCUUGUGGAACCAUGUACUUCAGCCUUGCUGGUUCCCAACCCUCUGUCUGCAGCUACAGAGGAAGUAGUGGGCUGGGAUAGCUACUGCUAGUAUUAAGAUUUAGUUAUUUUUAUGAAAGAUAUCUACUAGAGUACCUUAACAGUGUUCUGUCCAUAAUUAUACUUGGCUGUGACUAAAAAGCUAUAUGUGUUGCUGCUUAUGCUGUGCAAAUAGUGUGCUUUCCGCUUUUUAACCCAGGAGAAGGAUGAAAGUCCGGGUCCUAAAAAACUAAUCCAGAAAUACAUAAGGAGGUAUGAUUGGACUACCAUGCUGAGGGCAGUUUCACUGCAGAAUUAGGUUCUAAAGGAUAAUAAUAUAUAACUAAAGUGUGAUCAAGUGCUGCUGUUAGUUCAUGAGUGUCAGUGUUUCCAUGGCAGGUCUGGAAUUUAUUUGCUUACUUUAUUAUUAUGAAAUAUUUAACUUCUCUGUACUUUGAGUUCAAAUUUGACAUGUAAAACUGCUCUAUACUCAUGGAUCCUCUGACACAAUGUUAGUUUAAUCUGUCAGAUUUUUUUACAGUUUUAUUGUAAAGAAAAUUAAUGAAUACCAGGAUCAGAUACUUUACUGAACUGCUUGUAAAGCAAAAAGAGGGUAGUGUAGAUGUUAGAUUGGAAAAAGGCAAUGAACUAAGAAUCUUCUGUUACUUGUCAUAUCAAUGGAUUUACUCCAGAUUAUAUAAUAUAAUCUAAACAGAUAUAAACUACCAGUGCAGUGUUUUUUUUUUUUUUUUAAAGAGGUUGUGUCACUUUACAUUAUCGCUUUUGCAAAGUAGUAUUAUCUUUUCUAAAUAAUACAAAUCACCUGUGAAGUUCUAUUUGUUUGUAUAUUGUAAUGCUACCAUGCCAUUGACAUUAACGGUUAUUUUAACUAUAUCUACCUUUGAGAAAUAAACUAGAAUUUGCAUGAUAGGAUUUAUAAUUGAGUAGCUAGUAAUAUACACUUCCAUUUCUUAAUUUUAAAUAUUUUACAUCAAACACAAACAUAUUCAGUAGGAUGUGUCUGGAGGAAUCAUAGUACUUCCAUUAGCAGAAGCCAUUCAGACUUUAUACGGUGACACAUUUUCUCUUGUUUUUUUAUUUUUUUUUUUCCUUCAUAUUUUUAUUUUUGGGCUUUGAGGCAUUUCUGAUUCUGCAGAUGAUCCUUGUAAGUAAAACUGCUUGCCUCUUCAAGUGUUUGCAGGAUCAGUAUCUUUAAAAUAAAAGAUCUAUCCACUUGUGACGUUUACUUUGGAUUAAAAUCGAGGAGUAGGACUAGCCAGGAUCAAGACCUCAGCAUCAACCUCCUAUAGAAUUCAAUGGAAGGCUCAUGUGUGUGAUGUCUACCAGAAGGGCCUUAAUUGCAUAUUCUUAAUUGUACAUAUAGUAAUCACCUAUGCAAAUUGGCAUUUUCCUAGUUAAAGUGGGUUAAUGCUUUUCAAACAUCCCUUUGACUUCCUCUUGUGUGGCUGUGUGGUUGCAUGUGUUGGGCACAAAUAGAAAACUGGCAUUUAGUCUAAGGGCUUGAGUCUCUGAAGUGCUGUAGAGCCAAUAUUCCAGCUAUUUUGAUAGGAACUCAGGUGGUAUUUGGAACCAACAUGGGUGCAACAGAAAAGGGUGGGAGAAUUUGCAGUUAAACUUACGCUGUUCAAGGAAGGUGUUGAGAGCUAAGCUUGAAAUUCUAUUCUUUCUUUCUCUUCUCCAAGGUGCAUAAGGGUGAGUAACCGUGCACCCCUCAUACAUAAAACCAUUCACACUCUUUGGAGAUCCAUGCUACUGCCUAGGCAAAAUAGGGUGAGUAAAAUAUGCAGUAUCUCAUCAGCCUUAAGUAGCAAAUAUUUUUUCACAGGUUAAACACUAUUUGAAUACCAAGUGACAUUGGCAAUCUAUUUUGAAAAGUUGUAUUUUUAAGCUCAUAAACUAAGCAGCAUAAUGCUUAUGAAUGGGAGACCUCAAUAAUCCUUCUUGGUAAUUCCUAUACAUUAGAGGUAAGAACUUGUUCCCAGUUUGUGUAAAUAAAAGAGUAAUCCUGAUUUAAGAAAAUUAUCACGAGGUAGAACUUGUUAAUAACUGAAGCAAUCAAAUCCCAGAUUUAGUUCUGACACGACACUGGUGCGGGUAAAUAAACAGCAGAUAUCUAAUAGCAUGAGUAAAUACAAACUGCUGCAUUGUGACACUUCUUCACAGGAGAGUACUUUAUGCCACAGAAGGAAUAUUCCUUGUAUGCUAUUCAACAUGAGUAAACAUAUCACAAUCUGGUCUUAAAACAUCUUUUUUUCCCAUAUGUUCCUAUUGUUUCCAUAUGCCCUUUCAGUCAUCUGAAAGCAAUAUAAAAACUGAGCCUGAAAAAUAUACUAAUUGUUUGUAAAUAUUUAAGCAGAAAUUUAUAUGCAUAUUGAUAUAUAACUAAUAUAUAUACUUGUAUAUACAUAUACAUACUGUGGGUGUAUAUAUUAUGAAUACACACACACCAGAAGUCUUGACUAUUUUGUUAGUAUUGGUAAUAAAUGGCAGUCAUUUCAGUAUGUAUAUUAUCUGUGCAACAGAUGGAUACCCAAGACUUCACUGACAGGUUUUUAACACUAUUCAAAUAUUUGUUCUUUAGGGUAUGCCAUGGUCUUCUGACAUCAAGAGAAGUGAGUUAAAUAUGUGAGUUUUGACAUAUUGCUACUUACUGGAGGAAAAAUAUCAAGGAGCACUACACAUUGCAAUAAUGAAGUACUCUUUUAGAAUGAACUGUGCUGCUACUGACUUGUGUAUUUAUAAAUAAAAGAAUGCUCCAGUGAAGUA